GCCGAAUGAGAUGUUGCUACGGAGAUUGCUGUUUUCCCCACCGACCUAUGGAGUUCGUCGGGCCAGCUACGUCCAAGGACAAUCACCGGCACCGAAAGUGCGUGAAUAUUUUUACUAUAUCGACCACGAGGGAAUGCUCUUCCUGGACGAUGCCAGGAUUAAAAAUUUCACCUCCUGCUUCAAGGAGAAACAGUUUUUGGAAUUCUUCUUCAAUCGUCUCAAACUGAACGAUUCCGAUCGGUACGGGGACGAGUUUCCGUUCCUCUCCGUUUGCGGCCGUGAACGCAACUACAUCCGGUGCGACGAUCUUCCUAUUGUUUUCACGCACAUCGUACCAGGCGAAGGUGAAUGCGAACGGCUGGCGUACGCACAUGCUAGCGAUAAGCUGAGUGUCCCGUGGCAACCGGAUAGGAUUUGCAUGUUUCCUGCCAGCGGUCGCGUCUAUCACCCGGCCCCGGAACGCUACGGAUCGAUCGGAUUGGUGCGCUCGAAGUUGGCGAUCGAAGUGAGCAACUAUUUUACCUUCCGCAACGGCGAGGAUCAACCACCGACACACUUUCGGUGGAAAUCGCAGGACUACGAACUGGAUCAGCACUGGUGGAAGACAACGUAUAUUGGACGCAGAGAGUCACACGGAGCUCCGUAGAAAGCUAAUUAUCAUGCAGAACAAAAUGCAUCCGUUUUCCCCUUUCAUGGGAAGCUACACAAAUUCCAUUGUGCUAGUCGUAAACCAAAACUGUUUGUGAUAAGAACAUGUUAUAGGCCAUUUACAGUUUAUACAAAAAUUCG